AUGACUUUGAACAACCUACAGGCACUCCUGAGACGAGUGGCCGCAAGAGAGGACAGUGGCCAUGUGGUAGUGUAUGGCAUGGGGAACACCAAAGCCUUCAAGUCUUACUCCUACCAAGACUUGCUGCGGGUGGCCAUAAAGGCGUCUGUGGCUCUCCGCAAGACAAGUGACCUGCACCCUGGAUCCGUUAUCUUGCUUCAUUUUGACAAUCACUGGGAUAACAUCGUCUGGUUUUGGGCGGCGUCCUUUGCGGGAUGUCUUCCUGCUAUCUCAGCUUCUUUCUCGAACGACGCGUCCCAACGCACGGCACACAUUGAGCGUCUGUCGACAACGCUCAUGCAUCCGCUCUGCUUGACCAAUGAAAGAAUCAUGGCGGACUUUGCCGGGCAGGAUGCGGUCCAGCCACUUGCCGUUGAAACCCUCGUCUUGAACGGGGAUGUCUCGUUCGAAGCCCUCCCCCAAGAACAUCCGGAGCCAAGCCUCAGCGACGAUGCCCUUCUUCUCUUCACUUCAGGCAGCUCGGGGAACUCCAAGGGCGUAUGUCUGAGCCAUGGACAGAUCCUGGCGAGCAUCUCUGGUAAAUACGCCGUCCGUCCGUUGCCGGACAACACUUCAUUCCUCAACUGGGUGGGGCUGGACCAUGUCGCCGCGAUUGUCGAAAUCCACCUCCAGGCGAUGUACGCACUGAAGACGCAGGUCCACGUGCCAGCCGCAGACAUUUUGUCUAGCCCAGCCACUUUCCUCCAGUUACUCGAGAAGCACCGGGUUUCCAGGACAUUCGCCCCGAACUUCUUCCUCGCCAAACUUCGAGACCUCUUGCAGGAGAAUGACUCCCUGCCUGAGCCGCGACGCUGGGAUCUCCGUUCUCUGGAAUACGUCGCUUCGGGGGGCGAAGCAAACGUGACCAAGACUUGUGAUCGUCUGUCAGAGUACUUGGUUGCAUUCGGAGCCCCGAAGGAUGUGAUCGUUCCUGGGUUUGGAAUGACGGAGACUUGUGCUGGGUCUAUCUUCAAUACCCGCUGUCCGGAGUACGAUAAGAGCCGGUCAGCGGAGUUUGCUUCAGUUGGGACCUGCAUGCCUGGUAUCUCCAUGAGAGUGACUGACCUCUCUAACAAUGCCUUGCCUUCCGGGGAGAUUGGUCAUCUGCAACUGACGGGCCCGGUCGUCUUCAAGAGAUAUUUCAACAAUACGAGCGCCACACAGGAGGCCUUUACCCCCGAUGGCUGGUUUAAGACAGGAGACAUGGGCUGCAUUGAUGAGAACGGGUGUCUAACACUUACCGGGCGUGCAAAAGAGAAUAUGAUCAUCAACGGUGUCAACCAUAGUCCCCAUGAGAUCGAGACUGCCCUCGACAAGAUUCCCGGACUCACUCCGAGCUACAGCUGUUGCUUCUCUUUCUUCCCAUCGGGAGGGGAGACCGAGGAGAUCUGUGUGGUGUAUCUACCCACAUACAGCCCUGACGACCUGGCUGCACGAGCCCAGACGGCCGAUGCAAUUUCAAAGACAGUCCUCAUGAGUACGGGUUCGCGGCCGCAUGUACUGCCGCUCGAAAGAGAGGCCCUUCCCAAAUCCUCGUUGGGAAAGCUGUCGCGAGCCAAAAUCAAGGCGGCGUACGAGAAGGGGGAGUAUGCGACCUACCAGAACGCCAAUAACGAGCUGAUGCGACGAUACCGGGAGAGCACUCGCGCGGAGCCGCAGAACGACCUCGAGAAAACGCUGCUGGAAGUCUUCACGCGCUCGCUGAGCAUCACAGACGACGCAUUCGAUGUGAAAACCCCUAUUUUCGAUGUGGGAAUCAACUCGGUCGAGUUGAUCCGUCUGAAAAGAGACAUCGAAGACCAUCUCGGCAUGGCUGCGUCAGCAAUCCCCAUGAUCAUGCUGAUGACGCACAGCACCGUCAGAGAUCUAGCCACUGCUUUGGAAAAACUGCAGGGCCCGCGCGAGUACGAUCCGAACCCGCUGUGGCUGGUCCACCCCGGCGCAGGCGAAGUGCUGGUCUUCAUCAACCUCGCCCAGUAUAUCGUUGACCGGCCAGUGUACGCGCUGCGCGCACGCGGGUUUAACGAUGGAGAACAGCCCUUUGAGACUAUCGAAGAGGCCACGGCCAGCUACUACAAUGGCAUCAGGUCGCGCCAGCCACACGGGCCCUACGCGCUGGCCGGGUAUUGCUAUGGAUCUAUGCUGGCGUUUGAGGUCGCGAAGAUGCUCGAAUCGCACGGCGAGGAAGUCCGCUUCCUGGGCUCGUUCAACCUCCCGCCUCAUAUCAAAAUGCGCAUGCGCGAGCUGGACUGGAAGGAAUGCCUGCUCCACCUGGCGUACUUCCUGGAUCUGGUCUCGCAGGAGCGCUCGCGAGAGAUGUCGGUGGAGCUUGCGGGCCUUAGUCACGAUGAAAUCCUGGACAGUGUGAUCCAGAACGCGAACAUGGAGCGGUACGCCGAGCUCUCGCUGAACCGGCCCUUGCUGGUGCGAUGGGCCGAUGUUGCGUACGAGCUGCAUCGCAUGGCCUUCGACUACGAUCCUGCUGGCUGCGUGGCGGGAAUGGAUGUGUUCUUCUCUAUUCCGCUCGCCAUCGCGGCCGCCUCGAAGACGGAGUGGCGUAAUGUGCACCUGAGCCAGUGGGAGGAUUUCACCAGGACUGUACCCAAGUUCCACGAUGUGGCCGGCGAGCAUUACAGCAUGAUCGGCCCGGACCAUGUUUUCAGCUUCCAGAAGACUUUGCGAAAAGCGCUGGAUGAGCGAGGAAUGUGA